AUGCAGUGGGUGCAAGGUGUGGGGCAGAAGAGUUACUGGAAGCUGAAGGUGACUUGCCCAUCCUUGGGCGGCUGCCAUGACACAUUCCGCACGCCUGACGCUGCCCGGGGAGAACCAGGCAGCCCAGCGCGGCUUUCCUACUCAGAGCAUCUGGCUCAGCGGGCAGGGUAUCCUCUAUGCAGCCAGCACAGUCCGGGCUCAGCUCAUUGUGAUCCUCAGCCUGCCUGGGCAGUGACACUCCCCUCGGCCCCCGGGGAGCAGCAGAGCCAGGGACAGAAUAACAUGCUCAGGAGAAAUGUCCUCAGAGUCCUCAGCAUUGGGCUGCCGCUGGUCUUCGCUCUCAACCUCCUCCUGAUAUUUUACACCAAGAGGAUUGUACAGGAGUUGAUCCUGGGGGAUCAUCAGAAGAAGCUGCAUUUUGCUCCGUCUGAACAGAAUGGGACAGUGAUGGACAGACUCUCUCGACUGGAGGCGGAUUUGCUGCAUCUGAAACAAACUAUGAAGCUGGCUACGAAACAAUCAGAAGAUGGGGUUGGCAGGCUGGCAAUGGUGAAAGAUGAAAAGCAUCCUUUUCCAGAUACAGCUCAUGCCAAGGAGGGUGGCUUCUUCAAGGAAAAUCCCCACAAGGUUCUCUUCCCAGACUCAGAACUUUUCAGGAAGUGGGGUAGGGACCUUUCUGAGGCUCAGCAGAAAGAGGCUGAGGACCUCUUCCAGAAAUUUGGCUAUAACGUGUACCUCAGUGACCGGUUGCCCCUGGAUCGUACCCUCCCAGACACUCGAGAUUCCAGGUGUCAUUGGAAGCAGUAUCCUUCACAGCUCCCAUCUCUCAGCGUCAUCCUCAUAUUCAUGGAUGAAGCUCUGUCUGUCAUCCAGCGAGCCAUCACCAGCAUCAUCCAGCGGACCCCCCCUCAAUUGUUGAAAGAGAUCAUCUUAGUGGAUGAUUUUAGCUCAUAUGGAGAAUUAAAGGCAGACUUGGAUGAGAAGAUUAAGCUUUACAACCAGAAGUCUCCAGGACUCCUGAAGAUAACACGGCAUACCGAGAGAAGAGGUCUGGCUGCAGCUCGCAACACCGGCAGGGAGGUGGCCACGGCCGAUGUGGUUGCCAUCUUGGAUGCUCACAUUGAAGUGAAUGUUGGGUGGGCAGAGCCUAUCUUGGCUCGGAUUCAGGAAGACCGCACUGUGAUCGUGUCUCCCGUGUUUGACAACAUUCUUUUUGACACCUUUGAACUGAUUCGGUAUGCACUGGCGGUUGACGGGUUUGAUUGGGAACUCUGGUGCCGCUAUGAUGCACUGCCGAAAGCCUGGGUUGAUCUCCGUGAUGUCACUGCUCCUGUGAGAAGUCCUUCCAUCAUGGGCAUCCUGGCUGCCAAUAGGCUCUUCUUGGAAGAAAUUGGCUCUCUGGAUGGUGGGAUGCUGACCUAUGGAGGAGAGAAUGUGGAACUUAGCCUGAGGGUGUGGCAAUGUGGAGGUAGCAUUGAGGUCUUGCCCUGCUCCCGAGUUGCCCACCUGGAGAGACACCACAAGCCCUACUCCUUAGAUCUGAGAAUUCCUUUGAAGCGGAAUGCCCUGAGAGUGGCUGAAAUCUGGAUGGACGAGUACAAAGACAUGGUCUACAUGGCCUGGAACAUACCUCUGCAGAACUCUGGAAUCGAUUUUGGAGACAUUUCUUCCAGAAUGGCACUCCGGAAGAAACUGAAAUGCAAAACUUUCGACUGGUAUCUGAAAAAUGUUUAUCCUCUUCUGAAACCAGUCCGCAGCGUUGUGGCCUAUGGAAGAAUGAAAAACACGUUGGAUGAACGCGUCUGCCUGGACCAGGGAGCUGUUCCAGGCAACACUCCCAUCAUGCAUCACUGCCAUCAAUACAGUUCCCAGAACGUCUACUAUCACCUAACUGGGGAACUCUAUGUGGGACCACUGAUUGCACAGAGAGACGCUGAUGAUCGCUGCCUGAGAGACCCCGGCAAAGGGGAGAAGCCCACUCUAGAGCCAUGUUCCAAGGCGGUCAAAGAUAGACUGAACAUACACUGGGAUUUUAAACCGGGCAGAGCCGUUAUCAACAGAGCCACCAAACGAUGUCUGGAGAUGCAGAAGAACGUUUGGGGUGGCUACACGCUUGUUCUCCAGGCCUGCACCGCGCAAGUGUGGACAAUCCAGUACACUGUCCGAAACUGGGGGUCAGACUAA